AUGUUAGAAGUACCGACAAUCAUCGGCCUGGGUUUAGGAUUCGACGGCUCCGCGAACUGGGUGAACAAAUUUAUCGUUGACCCGUAUCUCUUUGGCAUCAAAUCGGAAGAUUUCAACCCGGAAACGCACGGUUUACUUCGGAAGUUUCUCGUCAUCUGGGGGUUUCUUUUGGUGAUGACGUAUUUGUUUUAUUUCACGUUUUGCCCUUUGACGUAUUAUUUCCUGUUCAAACGGAAAGAUAAAAAGACGGGAGAGAAUAAAGCCAAUUGGUUCCAACGGGAAGGGAAGGACCAGGUGAAGAACGAGAUCAAGACGAGUUUGUGGUCCAUAGCGGUGAUGACGGCGAUGACGGCGCCGUUCGAGUUGUUGGUGGAGAGCGGGAAGACGAAGAUAUAUUGGGAUUUGAACGAACACGGCGGGAAGUUGUACGCGUUUGUGAUCGCGCCGAUUAUGUUCGUAGCGUUUUCGGAUACUUGUAUUUAUUGGAUACAUCGAGGAUUGCACCAUAAGAAGUUGUAUAAACCGUUGCAUAAGUUGCAUCACAGGUAUAAAGAGACGACUCCGUUCAGCGCGUACGCGUUUCACCCGAUCGAUGGGUGGUUGCAAGGGUGCCCGUACCAUAUUUUUGUGUUUUUAUUCCCGAUGCACCACGUGGCGUAUUUUAUAUCUUUAGCGUGCGUCGGUAUGUGGACGAUAAACAUUCACGAUCGCGUGACGUGGAAUUUACCGUUCGUGAACGGGGCAGCGCAUCAUACCGUCCACCACACGGGAUUUAAUUAUAACUACGGGCAAUAUUUGGUGUUUUGGGACAAGUUAGGUGGGAGUUAUAGGGAUCCGUUUGUCACGGCGCCGUAUAACGGGACGCCGCUCGAUAAAGAGAAGAGGUUCAAGACGAGUUGA